CUCUUUGUUCCGAUGGAUCUUCUUUCCUCUUUCGAUAGUAUUUUUAUAUUCCCUUGCAAAGGGGUGGAAACCCUUGUGCUCAUAUUGUAUCUUCUUUUCUUCAUCGUUUAUCAUCUAUACUGACUGCAUAUGGGUCUAUGUAUUGUUGUGAUAAAGGAAGGUUAUACAUCAUGGUCAAUGCCACGAAAGGAGUUUUUAUUUCCUGUGACAUACCUAUGGCACAAUAUAUCAUCAAUAUGAAUGCUUCAAUGCCUGCAUCUGAUAAGUUCAUAAUACAUAUCUUGGAUAAUACCCACAUGUUUGUCCAACCUCAUGUUGAGCAAAUGAUACGAAGUCAAAUCGCCAAGUUUAGAGAAGACAACACAUAUGUCAAGCCUAAUUGAUGUUGAUUAGUGGCUUCUUUCUUUAAGAUCCUUUUUUGUAUCCAAAGUUCUCCCAGUUGGCAGGAACAAAUGAAAUAUUAUUAGUUAUUAAUUGGUUCCCCUCUCUGAAAAUAAUGCUCAGUUGUUCUCCCUCCCAACUCUCUUUGUUCUCAACUACAUUAGAUUUAA